AUGCCGGGCCACCUAUUCGACCUGUUCAUCCACUUGCUGGGGGCACUCGUGAUUGGCGUCUUCUUUUUGGCCCUAAUCAACCAGAUCCAAAAAAUGCUGCACCUCGUCUACAGCGGAAUGCUGGUGACGCUGCGGUCGCGUCAGGACGAGAAAUCGUUUACUGUCCCUCGUAAAAGCGACGGUCUUCUCCCGUGUAUCGACCAUGACUGCCCGACGAUGCGUGUCGUCUUCAGAUACUUCGACCAGAGGGCAACAAGGGUGUUUGUCACCGGCUCGUUCGUCAACUGGGAGCUGUUGCUGCUGCUCGAGCGCGACGAGGCCGGCCAAUUCUGGCGUCUCGAGUACCAGUUGCCCUAUGGACAUCAUCGGUAUCGCUUCGUGGUGGACGGUAAAUGGGCGAUCAACCACGAGCACCCGUUUUGGUCGGACGAGAAUGGUAUCCUGCACAACGUGGUCCACGUCCGCCCACCAAAUAUACUCGCCCGCGGGCUCUUG